GAGCCUCAGUCGACCAAUUUCUCUAGUCGAAUACAAAUCGCCAAAUAUAGAAAAGUAUUAACAUAUAGAGUUCACUCCGUAAAAUUGCCUUGAACCAAAAGCAAAGCGUUUAUUUUAUAAAUUCAUAUUCAUAGACUAAAGAAGCCAAGAGAUGUACUCGGACAACGAUGCGUAUACCGUGGGCACGUCCAGGCAGGAUACAACUAGAUCUAUGCCGGGCAUAGCUAGACGACCGCAUGGUUUCACAUCCCUGCAGUUGCUGAAGCAGAACAAAGAGAAGAAAGCUAGACGCAUGCAGCUAGCCGAGGAGAAUUUGGAGCUGGAAUCUGAAAUGGUCAACAUGUCCACGCAGACGGACAGCUCGAUUGUAAUCCUCUGGAUGCACGAAUUGAUGGGCUUACUGCGUCCGAUGGUGCCGCGGAGUCGUGUCUGCUGCUGCAUCUGGUCCGAUUAUCUUACUGGACGGCACAUUCGUACCACAUUCUAUUUGUUGCUGGUUAUCGCUGUCAUCGUAUUGAAUUUGGAUGUGCUUUUGAGCAUUUGCGAAAAGUGCAAGAAAUUGUCGAAAUUUUAGUUCAAUUUUUGUUUCUCAAAUGAGUCCACAAAACGUUUGCUUCAACAAAUAUCUGUUGGCAUAAUAUCAACUGAUCUGUGUUCGUAGUAAGCCAAUAAUAAAUAUGUUGAGCUA